CGGCAUGCGCACUCCGCACAGCAUUCCCGGGGGAGGAGGACCAAUGAUUGGAGAUUUUAUUUCUGGGAAAGGCAGGAAAACGAUCGUUUCUCAGAUGUUACAAUCAUGAAGAGAUUUUCCAUUUCAUAAGAAUACUUGGAGAUUGUCCAGGGAAGCCAUAACCUUGGUCAUUGGGGGAGGGGACAUUAUCUGACCAAUCGAUACGUUUAUGGCCUGAUCUCUGGCUUGUAAAGUGAGAUUGGAUAUCAUACAUUGGAUAGCAGUUAUCAAACCCGAUCUAUGGAGGCCAAGAGGAGGAUCGGGAUCGUUGGCUUUGGCCAUGUCGGCCAUUUCCUGGCCCAGAAGAUUCUGGAGGAAGGAGAGAAGUGUGGUCUGGAGCUGGCCUUUGUCUGGAACAGAACGAUGAAGAAGAUGGAUGGGGUGAUCGACCCUCGGCUACAACUCCAUCAACUUUCCCAAUUCCAGACCCGGCAGGCGGAUCUGAUUGUGGAAGUGGCUCACCCCGAUAUAACCCGAGAUUACGGAGAACAUUUCCUAUCUGCAGCCAACGUUAUGAUCGGAUCCCCCACCGUAUUAUCAGAUCCCGACAUUGAGCGCAGACUGAGGGAGACAGCGACCACCUCUGGACAUACAUUGUACAUUCCCAGUGGUGCAUUAUGGGGAGGAGAAGAUAUCCAGAGAAUGGCAGACCGCGGGACCCUUAAAGGUCUGAGGAUCACCAUGACCAAACACCCGGACAGUCUUCAUCUGAAGGGUGAGCUAGCACAGAAGAAUCGAGCUGUUGAUGGUCGGACAAUUCUAUAUGAAGGUCCAGUGCGUGGCUUGUGCCCCGUGGCCCCCAAUAACGUCAACACAAUGGCCGCUGCAUGCAUGGCUGCCCACACGCUAGGAUUCGAUGGUGUGAUCGGCGUUCUGGUGGCUGAUCCCAGGAUCCCUGACUGGCACUUUGUGGACAUAGAAGUGACGGGGACAAGAAACAAGGAAACUGGUCAAGUUUUCAGCGUUACCACAAAGAGAUGUAACCCAGCAGGAGUGGGCCAAGUCACCGGCAGCGCCACCUUCCUGUCAUUCUGGAGCAGCCUCCUGGGAUGUACCGGUCAUGGAGGACGAGUCUAUCUCUGCUGACAAUGGACCUCAUUUUCCAGCACUGCUGCAAAAAGGAACCUGUUACCAAAAAGCACAAAUCUGUCCGAUGGCGAUAAAGUAUCACAAUAAAUGGCACCGAACCUG